UGUGUCCAGGCUCGGUUGAGGAAGUGUACAGUGUGGCUAUGUAAGAGCAGGGGCGGUGCAGUGUUGCAUUCUGUCAGCAGCUCUCCCACUGACACUGACAGACUCUUUCUGCUCCUCUCGGCUCAGUCAGCAGAACACACUGCAAGCUGUGGACACCUGGACCACUUGACUGGAUACCACACACACACUUGGAAUAUGAACACCUUUCGACUAGGACUUGUUUUCCUUUAUUGUAUUGUUUCCCUCCAGCUAUGUGGCUGCACGUCCCGGGAUGUUGGUGCUGCAGUGACAGCAAGGAAACCUCAGCCCGUUUCGACUGGAGAUCAGACUCCAAACAAUGACACAAGAACGGACGACCAACUUCUGGACAGUAACGAAGACUACAUAUCUGCGGAAUAUGAGGACGACGAUACCAGAGUUUCAACUAUGUCUAAAGAUUCCGUACUAACAGCAAUAAAAGGUCAAGGGAAGGGCAGAGCCAGGAAGAAGAACUCUUGCCUGACGGAACAAUACAGAAAUUAUUGCAUUCAUGGCGUUUGCCGGUACCUGGCGGAACUAAAUCAUACCUCUUGCAUAUGUGAGACAGGAUACUCAGGCGAUAGGUGCCACCUGUUCAUCCUGCCCGUUGGCAAAGUAGCUGAAGGCAACAGUCACACCACAGCUCUGGCUGUAAUGGCAGCGGGUCUAUCCUUAUUGUGUUUCACUGUAAUUGGUGUCUUACUGGCCUUAAGAUUUAAAAAGAAGAGUGACAUCAGUAUAGAUGAGAAGAUCCGUCUCCAGUUACUGCAUAGUGAUGAAGAAAAAGCAAAAGACACAAUCCAGUGGUUCAGUGGACAGAAUGGCUACCAUCCGGAGACACCCUGUCCAUGCUGAAGAGGAAAACGGUAGUGUCCAGAACAUCGUAUGUCUCCAAAGGACGACUUAAAGGAUAUUCUGAACAGAGAUUUGUAGAACACGGUCUGAGUCUCUCCGAACCAUAAAAGAAUAUACAGUAGGAAUUAAGAAAAUCACUGAAUGUAGUUGCGCUAUAAUUAUUUUUUUAAUGUUUGAACGUAAUAUUUAUUUAUUUUUAAAAGAUUUUUUUCAGCUCUAUGAGGUCAGUCAUGUUGGUGUAUUUAUUUAUCUAUUAACUAUUUAUUUGUUCAUGUAAUAAUUAUGUAUAUUAACUGAAAGCACUGCUGGUUUGUCACAUCAGUGCAUCAGUACAGUCUGUAAGCAAUGCAACAGCGAUGUACUGUCAGUGGAUUUGUCCCUGUACUCCAGCAUGUUGGAUAUGAAAUGAAACCAUGAGUGUGAAUUUAAAGAACCAUCAUGCCAUCAAUUAUCAUGGCAGCAUCACUAAGGAUAAUAUUGAGCAUUUAAGUGAUGUCUCCGAUGCCGUGUACAUUUCACGUCAUCAUUAACUGUAAAGAAAUCACUAAUAAAACCACAAGUACUGUACUAUAUAAGAUCGUCUUGUAGAGAUCUGCUUAUUUACAAAGUGUAGCGGAUUGUGCAUUUACAGUCAUUGUUUCAUUUCAAACUGGAGUGCCGAGCCAAAACUAGAAAAUCAUCACUGUUCUCUGAUUUAAAGGUUAAUUUUUUUUUUUAUGAAGUUUUUAGAUAUUUAUUGUAAUAUAACCCACAAACGUUCUGUUUUGCAUUUUUAUAUGCUGAUGUAUACAAAAGUUUGUCAUUCAAAUUUAGAAGUUUAGUUUGCAAAUUAUUCUUGAAAACCAUUUAAUGAUUUUUAAGACGGUAAUGUGAAACAAGGAGCCCAAUUAAUAAUAAUUGGUGGGAACUUUCUUUGUACAUUACUGGACAAAAAUAUGGAAGCAUCAACAGUAUUCAAUCAUCUAUCAACACAAUACACAAUCCAAUACGAUGCAACACAUUUACUGACAGCUAGCAAAACAAUGACCCCUAGAAUCACCGGUUCUCUCACCACUGAGAGUCGAACCCAAAGGAUAUUAUUUUUUUUCCAGACUUUUGUCCCGUAAUGUACAGUAUUGGUUUAUUUAAGCAGUAUUAGUUUUUUCACUGGUACACAAAUACAAAUAUAUUUACACAAUAUAAUUGCCAACUUCA